UAAUGACAAGUGAAAAGACCAACCCGCAGACCCACGGCGCGCACCACGGAGGGGCUUCCCGGGAGAAGGCAGGGACCUUCGUUCCCAAGUGCCUAGCACUGCGCCACAGGUCGGGUGGAACGAACCUUGAGGGCCUCUGGUUUGAGGUCCCCCACGAUCAGGCUUUGGGCCCACCGCGUGCGGCGCCGUGCUGGGCUCCUGGGAUCGGCAGCGAGUCCAGUGACCCCCACCGCACCCCCAGUAAUCACAGGGCGGCCGGCGAACGCAGGCAGGGGAGGGGACCUGGGAAGGCCCCUGGAGAAGGUGGCAUUUCCUCGAGGUCGGUGGAAUUUGGCUACGCGGAGAGAACAGCGCAUACGAAAACUUCUCCAGGCGGGAAUGCGUGGUGGCCUGUGCGCGGCGGGUGGACGUGCGGGGCCCCGGGUGGGGCCGUGGGGAGAGGUCGGCAGGGGACUUCCCAGGGCAGGGAAUUGAAAUUUCACGCCCUACAGACCAGGGGCACCUUGCCCAGGGGCUGCGGGGGGCGGCGACCGUCCUAUUCAAGACCGUGAUUCUGAGGUUUGCACAGCUGUUUCAAGCCAGCUCAUGACGCUGGCUCAUGACGCCCUUGCGAAGUGACCUUUGCGAUCACCAGACAGGAGAGAAGACCCAUUUUACAGAUGAGGUAGCGCUAUCCCCAAGUCCUCAACGAGGUAACCAAGAAGCCUCUAGUCCCGGGUCCUCAGAAAACGCAGAGGUGGAGCCGCGCCGCACUCGUGCACUCCCGGGCGUGGGCGCUCCGCGCGGGCGGGCCUUGGCCCAGGGUGCUCGGCGGCCUGGAACGGUGAGCCGGGUGCCGAGCCUGCCACGCAGCCGCAGAGGCUCAGCCCCGCCGGCGGGCGGCAGGAAGGGAGGCGACGCCCCCUGGAGCGCGGCAGGAACCCGGCCCGGCCCGCCUCCCAGUCCGCUUAGCCGCGUCGGUCCCAGAAGUGGCGAAAGCCGCAGCCGAGUCCAGGUCACGCCGAAGCCGUUGCCCUUUUAAGGGGGAGCCUUGAAACGGCGCCUGGGUUCCAUGUUUGCAUCCGCCUCGCGGGGAGGAAACUCCAUGUUGUAACAAAGUUUCCUCCGCGCCCCCUCCCUCCCCCUCCCCCCUAGAACCUGGCUCCCCUCCCCUCCGAAGCUCGCGGGGAUCCCUCCCUCCCACCCCUCCCCUCCCCCCCCGCGCCCCGAUUCCGGCCCCAGCCGGGGGGGAGGCCGGGCGCCCGGGCCAGAGUCCGGCCGGAGCGGAGCGCGCCCGGCCCCAUGGACAGCUCGGCCGUCAUUACUCAGAUCAGCAAGGAGGAGGCUCGGGGCCCGCUGCGGGGCAAAGGUGACCAGAAGUCAGCAGCUUCCCAGAAGCCCCGAAGCCGGGGCAUCCUCCACUCACUCUUCUGCUGUGUCUGCCGGGAUGAUGGGGAGGCUCUGCCCGCCCACAGCGGGGCGCCCCUGCUUGUGGAGGAGAAUGGCGCCAUCCCCAAGCAGACCCCAGUCCAAUACCUGCUCCCUGAGGCCAAGGCCCAGGACUCAGACAAGAUCUGCGUGGUCAUCGACCUGGACGAGACCCUGGUGCACAGCUCCUUCAAGCCAGUGAACAACGCGGACUUCAUCAUCCCUGUGGAGAUUGAUGGGGUGGUCCACCAGGUCUACGUGUUGAAGCGGCCUCACGUGGAUGAGUUCCUGCAGCGAAUGGGCGAGCUCUUUGAAUGUGUGCUAUUCACCGCCAGCCUCGCCAAGUAUGCAGACCCAGUAGCUGACCUGCUGGACAAAUGGGGAGCCUUCCGGGCCCGGCUGUUUCGAGAGUCCUGCGUCUUCCACCGGGGGAAUUAUGUGAAGGACCUGAGCCGGUUGGGCCGAGACCUGCGGCGGGUGCUCAUCCUGGACAACUCGCCCGCCUCCUAUGUCUUCCAUCCGGACAAUGCCGUACCGGUGGCCUCGUGGUUUGACAACAUGAGUGACACAGAGCUCCACGACCUCCUCCCCUUCUUCGAGCAACUCAGCCGCGUGGACGACGUGUACUCAGUGCUCAGGCAGCCACGGCCAGGGAGCUAGUGAGGGUGAUGGGGCCAGGACCUGCCCCUGACCAAUGACACCCACACCUCCUCCCAGGAAGACUGCCCAGGCAUUUGUUAGGAAAACCCACGGGCCACCGCCACACUCAGUGCCAUGGGGAAGCGGGCGUCUCCCCCACCAGCCUUGCCAGGCGGUGUAGGGGCAGCAGGCUGCACUGAGGACUGUGAGCCCCAGGCCCGUGUCAGUGCCUUCGAACCUCCUCCCCCAUUCUCGGGGACCUGAGAGGCCCUGCCUGCUGCUCCCUUUUUCUGUCUCUGUCCAUGCUGCCAUGUUUCUCUGCUGCCAAAUCGGGCCCCUUGGCCCCUUCCAGUUCUGCUUCCUGGAGGCAGGGUUCCUGCCUUGGACCCCCAGUCUGGGAACGGUGAACAUCAAGUGCCUUGCAUAGAGCCCCCUCUUCCCCGCCCAGCUUUCCCAGGGGCACAGCUCUAGGCUGGGAGGGGAGAACCAGCCCCUCCCCCUGCCCCACCUCCUCUCUUGGGACUGAGAGGGCCCCUACUAACCUCUGCCUCUGCCUUGGAGGGAGGGGAGAAGGUCUGUUACCACUGGGGAAGGCAGCAGGAGUCUGUCCUUCAGGCCCCACAGUACAGCUUCUCCAGGGCCAACAGCUGAGGGCUGCUCCCUGCAUCAUCCAAGCAACGACCUCAGACUUUUGCCUUAACCAGCCCUGGGACUUGGCUCCCCCAGCUCUGAGUGUGGGGGCAUAGGCAAGACCCCCCUUGUGGUGCCAUAUAAAUAUGUACAUGUGUAUAUAGAUUUUUAGGGGAAGGAGAGAGGGAAGGGUCAGGGUAGAGACACCCCUCCCUUGCCCCUUUCCUGGGCCCAGACGUUGGGGGGAGGGAGGGAAAGGAUUUUUACAUUUUUUAAACUAUUUUCUGAAUGGAACAAGCUGGGCCAAGGGGCCCCAGGCCCUGUCCUCUGUCCCUCACAUCCCUUUGCUCCGUUCAUUCAUUCAAAAAAGCAUUUCUUGAGCACCUUCUGUGCCCAGCAUUAUGCUAGGCACACCAGCUAAGUGUGUGUGUGGGGGGGUCUCUACGCCAGCUCAUCAGUGCCUCCUCACCCACCCGACUUCACCGGUGCCUUUGCGGGAUCUGUAGGAGGUGGGACCUUUUGUGGGGUUUGGGGAUCUCCAGGGAGCCCGACCAAGCUGUCCCCCUCCCCUGUGCCAACCCAUCCCCUACAGCCCCCUGCUGGCUGGGGGCAGCUCCCAGGAUAUCCUGCCUUCCGACUCUUGUUUCUGAAGCCCCUCCUCCUAACAUGGCAAUUCCAGAGGCCAAGGCCUUGGGCUCUCCCCAGGGUCUAACGGUUAAGGGGACCCACAUACCAGUGCCAAGGGGGAUGUCAAAUGGCGAUGUCGUUGUGCCCCCUUACCCCAGAGCAGGUGGGGGGGCGAAUAUGGUUGGCCUGCAUCACGUGGCCUUCCCAUUUAAGUGCCUUCUCUUUGACAGAGCCCCAGUGUAAUGAGAACUAAAGAAAAAGCCAGACCCCCA